CGAAGGGCCUACACGCAAUAGUGCCUGCCAUUUUAGUGCACUGCUUCCUCUGCUCUUCUUCCUCUCUAUGGCAGAGAGAACCCAACCACCCACCACCACCACUUCCUCCGCCUUCUUGGCAUUGUUGCGGCAUCUGCCUGUUCUCCCAACCUCCCCCCUCCUUCCUUGUUGCUACUUCACAACAGCACUUCAGAAAACCCUCUCGUCCUUUGUUCUAACCGCCGCCGCACAAAAGUGCCUUCUUGGUUGCAUCGCUCGCUCGCUCGCUGCCGCAAGUUCGCACUUUCGUUCGGAGUUUUCAGCACAAGUAUGGGAAACAGUGACUUGGUUGAUCAGCUGCAGGAGGAUCGGAGUGAUGGCAUGAGUGCUGCAGCUGGAUAUGAGGAAGGCAGUGAGGAAGAAGAACCAUAUGAACGUGAAUUCUAUGAUGAUGAUCAUGAUGAGCCACAAGAUGUGGAGCACUGUGAGGAUCCAGUACCAAAACAGGAGGAUGCUAGUGAAGAGGAACCUUAUGAUGGCGCUGCUCUGCCAGAAAAUGAGGAUGCCAGCGAUGAGGAACCUUUCGAAGUAGAGCUUUGUAGUGAUGAAGGCAGCGGCGAGGGUGACUCAUCUCAUUCAGAGCCUUGCAACAAUCCGGUUCCUAAUGGUCACAAUAUUUGCAGGAAGCAGCUGUAUGAGGUGGAGCCAUGUCAUGGUCUGACGGCUGGUGAGGAUGAAUUUGUUGACAAGGAAUCCAAUUCUGUGCAGCCUUUGAAGCAAGAGCUGAAACGAGCGCUAAGGCGCGGCAACUAUGCACAGGAGGAGGUACCGAUGGCCGAAGAAAAGGAAGCAAAGCCGUUCAAGAAACGAUUCUCUGUCAAGUUUGCUGCUGAUGUGUCUUGCUACACGUACAGUGCCGAAAGUUUUGCUGCUGCUAAGUUAGAGAAAAGGAAAGCUCAAUUUGAUGACCAGGACAAGUACCUGUGUAAGAGACAAGAGCAUUCACUUUCUUUGCCUGAGGGUUGUGGCAAGCUGAAACAAAGGGAUGACACUAAUCUGUUUGUGGGUAAUAUUCCACCUUCUAUGACUUCUCACAAGCUCAUCGAGCUAUUUCUACCAUUUGGACGAAUUGUUAGGUCAAGAGUAGCGGAUGAUUGUUUCACUGGUUUGAGCAAGGGAUAUGGCUUUGUGAAGUAUGCUGAUCCUCGCUGUGCUGCUCAAGCUAUUAAACGCAUGAAUGGGCGUAUGGUCGAGGGAAGAAUGCUAGAGGUCAGAGUGGCUGAUGCUCCAUCAUUAGGAUCCAAUGCAUCUGUACAUGCUGUAUCAGAGACUGAUCAUCAACCCACAAAAGAAAUGGACAUGAGCAAUUUGUAUGUCUGCAACCUUCCCUUGCUCAUGAAUACAGACAAGCUGCUUGAUCUUUUUGUACCUUAUGGGCAAGUAACUAGUGCAAAGGUAGCCAGGGAUCAUGCCACAGGUUUAAGUAAAGGAUAUGGCUUUGUGAAGUACUCUGAUCCUCACGAUGCAGCUCAUGCUGUUAUCCAGUUGAAUGGACGUCUGGUUGAGGGAAGGAAGAUAGAGGUUGCAGUAUCUGGUAUACCUCUAAGACCAUCAAGCUCAUUUGUGGAAUCGCAUGCCAACAACAGGACCAUUAAGGAAAUCGACAUGUCUAAUCUAUAUGUCUGUAACAUCCCCUCAUCCAUGAACACUAACAAGUUGGUUGAGCUUUUCCUGCCAUUUGGUAAGAUCACCCAUGCAAGAGUGGUGGCAAAAACCAAUAAUUCCAGUACAGCAUAUGGCUUCAUCAAAUUUGAUGAUUCUCAAUCUGCUGCUGAGGCGGUUGCAUUGAUGAAUGGAGCACUGAUCGAAGGGGAAACGAUCUUGGUCAGAGUUGCAGGCCUUUCUGCAUCUGCAUCCAGCUCAGUUUUACAGUGUUCACCGCAUUUAGUAACAAAUCCCUCUCAAGAAAUCAACAAGUCUCGAUUAUACAUCACCAACCUUCCACGGUCCAUGACGGCUGAUAAGCUUAUUAACCUUUUCAUGCCCUUCGGUCAGAUCAACAAAGUAGUGAUGAAUCUGGAGUACAGUCUUGUGUCUUAUGCAGAUGUACAUUCAGCAAUCGAAGCUAUCAAACACAUGGACGGGUACCUGAUCGAAGGAAAGUGGCUAGUAGUCAAGAGAUCAGAGCCUUGUCUAACCAAUGCAGCAGACCAUGCGUUUUCACAGUCAGGUAGCAAGCCCAUGAAAGAAAUUGACAUGGCUAAUCUGUAUGUUGGCAGGAUUCCAUCAGCUGUGACCGGUGAUCAGCUCGUGGAGCUUUUCUGCCCAUUUGGAGAAAUUGUUCAAGCUAGGAAGUUUCAAUUUCAUGGGUAUGGCAUGGUUAGGUAUGCUAACCCUUCGUCUGCUGCUGCCGCAAUCGAUCAUAUGGAUGGUUACCAGAUUGGAGGAAGCAACCUGGUUGUGAGAGUAGCAGGGCUUCCUGCAGAAUCUGAUGCAGCCACAAAUUCUCCAACCCUACAGAUGCCUAGCAAUGAGCACAGACAAGUUGACAUGACUAACCUAUAUGUGUGCCACCUCCCGCCAUAUGUUACUACUGAGAAGCUGAUUGAACUUUUCCUGCCAUGUGGCCAAAUCACUCAAGCGAAAGUAAUCGUGGACAGAUUCACUGGCUUCAGCAAGGGAUUUGGAUUUGUCAGAUUUACAGAUGCUUACUCUGCUGCUGUUGCGAUCACUCACAUGAAUGGCUACCCAUUGGAGGGGCAUGUGUUGGAGGUUAGAAUAGCGGGUGUUCACCCGAGAGAUAUGAGCAGCUACAUGGCGCAUUUCUACUCCCACUUCACUUCCCCUGACCCCUCAAGGAUGGCUGACGGAAUUCCGACAUCAUAUUGGCCAUACUAUUAUGCUGAGUCUGCAUACGCCACACCAGUCGAGUACCGAGGACAAGAUGCUGAAUCUGCACCUGCUGCUGCUGAUCAAACAUCUCAGCAGGAAGGCCUGCCUGGAUCUAAAUUAGUCGGUUCAGUUGCUGAGAAAGAUUGCUCUUUUGUGUCAAACCCUGUUGCUUUUGAUCGUUCUCAGUUAGAAGGUUGGGCUGGUCCACCUGGCUUUGAGCCCCAUGCUGUCGCCAAGAAAGAUGCCACUGUGACGAAUCCUUCUCAAGCUUGCUCAAAGGUUCAUUUGGCACAGUCAGGUGGGAGCCAGAAUAGAAGUUCAGUUGUCUAA